UAACGCUGUUUAUUCCUCAUUCUGCUCUGGGGGCUGUCUCCGCCUCUCAGGGUGGGCGGGGCCGAGAGCAGCCAAUAACAAGAAUUCCUUGAGGAUUGCACUGACCUCCCUGAGGGAGUGACUGAGCUGAAUGUGUUCUGCGGCGCAGGGAAACUGAAACUGAAAAUAGUUUGAAUCAGGAAGUGAUGAGGGUGGACAUGGAUAUCAAACAGGUAAAAACAAUGACUGCAGAUGCUGGAAACCAGAGUCUGGAUUAGUGGUGCUGGAAGAGCACAGCAGUUCAGGCAGCAUCCGAGGACAGGCAAAAUCAACGUUUUGGGCAAAAGCCCUUCAUCAGGAAUACCAAACAGCAUGGAUUUCAAACACCAUUUCCAGAGUUUGACCGAGGAGGUAAUCUGUCCCAUUUGUCUGGAUUUCUUCACCGAUCCGGUUUCACUGGAUUGUGGACACAACUUCUGUCGCUCCUGUAUCACCCAGAGCUGGGAAAGGCAGGAGAGAAUCUCCUGCCCGGAAUGUAGAGAGGAGUUUCCGGACAGAUCCCUCAGAGGAAACCGGGCCUUAGCGAAUCUAUCUGAGAAAGUUCGGAAGUUAAAUCUGAAUCCGCAAGAGAAGGGAAGUAAACGUCACUGUGAGGAACAUCAGGAAGAACUGAAGGUUUUUUGUGAAACUGACAAGAAAUUGAUUUGUGUGAUUUGUGUAGUUUCCCGGGAACACAGGGAGCACCGCUUCAUCCCGAUUGAAGAAGCGGUUGGAAUCUACAAGGAUCGGGUGAAAUCUUCCUUGGAAUCUCUCACAGGGAAGAAAUCGGCGGCUCUCGAAAUGGAGCGGCAGCAGAAACAGAAGAUUUCCCAAAUUCGGGUUCAAUCCCAAAAUCUGCAGACUCACAUCAAAUCCGAGUUCACCAAAAUGCACCAGUUUCUCACUGAGAAAGAGCAGCGUUUACUCCGAGAUCUCAGGGAACAAGAGGAAAACAUUCUCAGAACAAUGCAGCAAAAUCUUGGCAAAAUUCAAAAGAAUUUAAAUUCUUUUCAGGAGAAACUCUCAAAGUUGGAAAAACAGUUGGAACAAAAAGACGGAGUGAUAUUUCUCCAGGAGGAAGUAUCUGGGAAGAUGAGGAUGAGCCAUGACACUGGUAAUGCACUGUCACUAACAGAUGGUGUCCUGUCCACUGAAAGCUUGAAUAUCAUUUUACCAUUUCCAGUGUGGAGAGAAAUGGUGGAAGCUAUUAAACCUGUCUCUGUGACCCUGGAUGAGGAAACAGUGAGUCCCUGGCUCGAGCUCUCUGAGGAUCUGAAGAUUUUGAGCCGGACCAAGACCUGCAGGAGUGUUCCUGACACUGAGAAGAGGUUUACAGACCGUCCCUGUGCCCUCGGAUCAGAGGGAUUCACAUCGGGGAGACAUUACUGGGAGGUGGAGGUGGGGGGGAAUCAGGACUGGAUUCUGGGUGUAGUCUUAGAAUCUGUGGAGAGGAAGAGACGGGUUAGCUUGAUCCCGCAAACUGGGUUCUGGAUCCUUGGGCAGGAUGGGAAUCAGUUUUAUAUGAACUGCUCCCCUCGAUCCCCUCUCCGUGUCAAUCAGAUCCCCAAGAAGGUGGGAGUUUAUCUCAGUUAUGAAUCUGGGACAGUUUCAUUUUACAACGCGGACACCAAGUCCCAUCUCUACACCUUCACUGGGAAUACAUUCACAAAGAAACUUUAUCCUUUCUUCUGGACUUUGGAUGAAAACCAUUUUCUGAGAAUCUGCUCUGAUUCUUAUCUGGAUCUGGGAAAAGCACAGGGUCUUAGAGUCUUUUCAUCCCUAACGUCAAAAUAACCUGACCCUGGGAAGGGUCAGAGGUCAGGGAUUGGGGUUUAAAAUGUGCCAUUGAGAACAGGUUGGUUCCUAAUGUGAGUUUGAAUUUCCUGAUUAUAUUUUGUAAAAUCCUAAUCAUACUGUAAAUAAAACAAGUACUGUGUUUGCCGAAA